UAAGUUAUUUAUUUGUCUUCUUCAAUUACCAAUAGACUUUUCAACAACAAGUGUAGACUAUGAUCUAGAAUCCACAAGAAAUCUUAUGGCAACUUGAUCAAUUGAUUCAUAUAUAUUCUCUUUUAGAUGGUUUCACGACUUAGUUCUUCAGUAGUUUCACGAUUAUUGAGCUUAAAUUGUACAUCAACAUGUGCUCCGGUAAAUUUUUAAUUUAAUUUUCAUAAUUUAUACUUAUUUAUUUUAAAUAAGAUUUCAUCAAUCGCUCAUCAAUACCGAUCUGCAUCAACUAGUCCGAAUCUCAAUGUAAACAUUUCUAUUUUAUUUCAAAUGAAGUUUAAUUAUUUAUUUUACAAAUAGGAAGUAGUUAUAGUGAGUGCUGCUUGAACACCAAUCGGUUCAUUUCGUGAAAGUCUUGCAUCUGUACCAGCCGUUAAACUUGGUGCUGCAGCUAUAAAAGCAUGUUUAGAACGUGCAAAAAUACCUACUAAUCGUGUCCAAGAAGUUUAUAUGGGUAAUGUUGUUCAAGCUGGUGUUGGUCAAGCUCCAGCACGACAAGCAUCACUCUAUGCAGGUUUAACACAAGAAACACUCUGUACAACAGUAAAUAAAGUAUGUGCAAGUGGUAUGAAAGCUAUUAUGAUUGCCGGUGGUAUGGAAAGCAUGUCAAAUGCAUCAUAUUAUUUUCCAAGAGGAGAUACACCUUAUGGAAAUCUUCAAAUGGAAGAUGGUAUUGCUAAAGAUGGUUUAGUUGAUGCUUAUGAUCGAAUUCCAAUGGGUUUGUGUGCCGAACAAACUGCUAAGAAAUAUAACUUAACUCGUGCUGAUCAAGAUGCUUUUGCUAAAUUAUCUUAUGAACGAACAGCAAGAGCAUGA